AUGAAGCACCCCGGCGAAAGCAACAUCAACUUGGACGCUUUCGUGGCGAGCGACGUCGAUGAUAGCGAGCAUCGUAUCUUCACGGCCAGUAUAUCUCCUGGGAGUACCCCGGCGCGAAACACUCGUGGACAGACGCGAGGUCGCCUUCGUACACCGCCAUCGCCUCCCAAACCUCGGCCUAGAGGGCGUCACGCAAAGAAACCCAAACUGGUCGAGGUCCCUGUGAGCGAGCAACCCCCCCAGCGAUCUCCGUCACCCGACCCUUUCCUGGCGCCGCCGGGUACCACAGGGUUGAUGUCCACACCUGCCCCCUCAACGUCGGUUCAUGCACCGCCGUCUUCGGUGUCAGCGUCCAUGCCGACCACUAUCUCCUCGUCGUCGUCGCCUCAGGACCCGCCGUCUGUGGUCGCGUCCAUGGACACUGGGCUUCUAUCCACGGUCUCCUCCUCGUCGUCGGUUCUAGCCCCGCCGUCUUCCAUCGCUCCUUCCUUCGCGUCCACUCUCUCCUCGGCAUCGUCGACUCAUGAGCCGCCGUCUUCCUUCGCGUCCACUACCCUCCCCAGUGCUUCAUCAUCCGUAGGCGUGUCCCUUCUGACUUCGGCGGCGCCGUCACCUACGUUCGGGGGCCAAUCGCUUUCCAUCGGCUUCGAGUUUUGUACCCUCGAUAGCUGCCCAGGCCACCUCGUCGACGUCUACCACACCUACACAGUCGACCUUGGUUCAGCCCAACGGCGUCGCUCCCGCACCGUUGGCCGCCCCUUAUUCAGCAUCAGCUCUGGGCACAUGGUUCAAUCGGGCGCGCUGCAUGCCAGCGUCUUGGAUUCCUAUUGCGGUCCGGGUCCAUUCACCAUCUCCAUCGGCGAUAUGGGCAGGCUGGUAGCGGCGUCCAACUCCAAUGCAAGCGCCGCAUCGUGCUCGACCGACAUGAUGGAUAACAUUAUGGAGGGUGUUGAUUGGGAUACCGUCGGUAGCUUGGUCGAUGACGCCUCCCUAGCAUAUGCCCGGGAAUUUCCCAAGUUGAUGGCGUCCCAGUCGAGUGGUGAGACCCAGGAUGUGUCAAUGGAGGGGGAUCCGGGCAGGGUGGACGAUGAUGAUGUAGAGAUGGGGUGGAUGGAUGACGACCAAGAUGCAGAUAACGCGCGACAAGGUACCCCGUCUCCUCCAUCGCAAAACACUGCAGGUCCUAGUCAACAGCUCGCCAAACAAGCGCCGUGGGACGAGCUCGUUGACGACAUUUCGGCGCAGACAGGCAUCGUGGCUAGCCGGGUCCGAUCAAUCUUGAAAAGGAGGUUGGAGGGCAAGGACGUCGUGUGGUCCAAGAUUCCCGAUACGACCCAUGGACCAGAGAAAACAAAGCAGUUACUCGAGUCGGGCCUACGACAAGCUGAUUCGGCAUUCGACAUUGCGGCUUCCCAGUCUGGCCGUACCAAGGAUUCGAUUGUCGCGAAAUACUUCAAGACUUAUGCCCACCAUCGACAAGGCAACGAAUGGAACGAAUUCAACCGCGCCAACGGCAUCAUCGCGAACGCAAGGAAGGCUGCAGGAGGUUCCACCGCCGUUGGUCUGAUGCCUUCAGAAGCUGCGGACGCUUAUUCCAGGGCGAAGGACAAUGGCGAUCUCGACAAAAAACUCGAAGCCCUACGCGACACUCUUUCGACGGCAAACACGGCCCAGAUGACCGCCGUGGCUCGCCGCAAUCUCCUUGAAAGCUUCAAACACUCGUCCUCGAACCUGAUCAGAACUGCCGAGAGGGCCAACGCUGCCGCCAUCGUCUUGUGCGUCGGUGCAGGGAUCCAUCAAGACCAGAACUUCAUACACCUCGACACAUCCAGUGGUUUACAGGGGUUCCUCGAAAAAUUGACAGGUCUGUCGACUGAUGAUAUCCUCGGGUUAGCCCACGGACACAUCGCAGGACAAGGGACCAAAGUGAAAACCAACACGCAAGUGUACGAUGAUACGGGUACGAUGGCCAUGGUCUGUAGACACGACUAUCCGCUCUUCCUCGCCAACAUCGACACUCCUGGCGAGCAGCAAAAGUAUGCUGUCGCUCUCAUCAAAAAGCUGUUCACCAUGAUCCCCCCCAACGCAACCGUGGUGGCAUUUUACGACGUUGGGUGUGUCCUUGACCGUUCCCUACAAUUGGUGAGUCUUGCGUACGGUAUCUGGCGUCAGUAUGAAAUUCUACCCGAGUCGAUCACCUCAAGAUUGGAAUUCUGCACAAGCGCGAUGCAUGCGUAUGCCCACCAGUGGGCGUGUCAACUCUACUACAACCCGCGGUUCCAGGACGGUACCGGAAACACCAACGGGGAGGGCACAGAGAGGCUAUGGGCAAUUAUGCGAAAGCUCAUCGCGAUCGCGAGAAUGUCUUCUCGCUCGCGACGUCUCUGGUUGAUAAAUCAGCUGAUGAAAUCUCAUCGAAAGGGCACCCGACAGAAUCUGGGGAAGUGGGUCAAGACUCAGCGCACGGCUAUCGCAAAGCAGAUCCCCGAGCAGCAAUCCAUCCUUCAAAAAGUCGGCAUCCCAAUUACGGAGCUCCGGUCGGAGUGGCAGGACCAGCGAGAGAAGCAACUCUCCAUUAGAGGGCACCAACCCACACGGCUGAAGCAGCAACUCGAUGAAGUCCUUCGCAUCCAGGCCGACAUUGACCGUAUCGAUGCGCGGAUCGAGGCGAUGGCCGCAACUGUCCAGAAAGCCGACGAUGACGACGACCCAUACCGCAGCAUAUUACAUAACAUGAAGGUUACAAGGCAGAACACCCUCCAGAAGAUGGAGCAACACUAUGAAUCAUUGAACGUGGGGGACGCCUACCCCGAGUUGCGCGGGAUGGACUACAAGUUUGUCAAGACUCUACUUUUGAUGCGUGACCUCAAAAUCAAUAUUCGGAAGCGGGCCAUCGCCCAAUUUCUCGAGUUCGAUCAACUCAAUCAAGCCUACGGCGGGAAGGAACAACCCCUUGGCACCAAUCUCCACCAGCUCACGCGCAAGGCCAUAGAGAACCGGCAGCCCGCCCUCAUGGCUGCAAUUGAGAGAUUCAACACUCACCGAGCGCAACUUGUCAAACUUAUCAAACCCGAAUGGGGCAUUGUCCUCCCCCGUGAACUCCCGGUAAACCUCACAGAACUACGGGACCACUCCGAUCUCAUGGAGGACGUAUGGCUCACGCCCGCUACGGGGGGAGCCCCUCCUCCCAGGUGGUUAGAGAGUGUUGAUGUUCGCCGAGGCAUUCGGGCGAUGCUCACACUUGAGAGGUGCCAAGAGGAAAUCGUGCGCCUCAACCUAGAGGCUGACAACAUGUGUCGCUGGUAUGGGCGAGAGAUUGCGAGCGUCGAAGUUACAAUCAGGGAGACACCCAGCAGACCACUCAGUAGGAUACCCCAUGUCCCUUGA